CUUUCUGAUACAAUUACCAAUGUCGACACCACGAAGGAGGAUCGAGACUGACGUUAUGAAACUCUUAAUGAGUGAUUAUGAAGUCACUCUGGUGAACGAUAAUAUGCAAGAGUUCUACGUUCGGUUCCACGGUCCGAGUGAUACUCCCUUCAAUGGUGGUGUAUGGAAAGUUCAUGUUGAACUUCCCGAUCAAUACCCAUACAAAUCGCCCAGUAUCGGUUUUAUGAACAAAAUCUUCCAUCCUAACAUUGACGAAGUGAGCGGAUCCGUGUGUCUGGACGUUAUCAACCAGACUUGGAGUCCCAUGUUCGAUAUGAUCAAUAUCUUUGAGGUGUUUUUACCACAACUUAUACGCUAUCCUAAUCCUGCCGAUCCUUUGAAUGGUGAAGCGGCCGCUUUACUUAUGCGCGAACCGACCAAGUAUGAAGCUAAAGUGAAAGAUUAUGUCGCGAGAUAUGCCACCAAGGAAGCAGCUGACGCUGCUGCAGAAGAAAGUUCAGAUUCGGAUGAAAUGAGUUCCGUUAGCUAUGCCUCGUCCGAAGACGAAGCUACUGGCAUGGAGUUGUAAAAAAAUCCCCUCAUUCUUUUUUCUGUAUGUUUCUUCUCCCAAUCCCCCCAACAAAUCCCGCCAGCGGUCCUUCAUAUAACCCAUUUUUCCCUACUCGUGCAAGAUGGAAGAAAGGGAAAAAGAAGAUAAAGUAAACAGAAGCCUUCAACUUUUAUAUUCUGCUUACAAAUAGCUGCUUCUCUUUCAUUGUGAUUUUUUUUACCGUGCUUGCAGUUUAAAUAAACCCUUUGAUUUCUCCACCGAC